AUGGGCGAGGAGACUGAGCAAGAUAACCCCCCUACCAUUGCUUCUCAAUUCAUGAUAGACCGACAUAAUAAAGUGGAAGUGAGACGCCUUCAUCGACAAUUUGAUCACCCAAGCGUUAACCGAUUGCACAAACUCUUAGAGCAAGCCAGUCAUGACGACGUUGACCACAAAUCUCUUGCUGAGAUCGAGAGGUAUUGUCACCACUGCCAAAUGAAUCGGCAGGCCCCUCGACGAUUCAAAUUUAUGUUGACCAACAAUCAAGAAUUCAACUUUGAGAUCGUUGUUGAUGUCAUGUAUCUGGAUAGCGAACCGGUCCUUCACGUUGUCGACUCGGCAACGUCCUUCCAAGCCGCCAAAUUCUUGAAAUCUCUGUCCACUAAAGACACUUGGGAAGCAAUCCAUAUAACAUGGAUUGACACCUAUCUUGGUCCACCAGACGUCAUCUUGCACGAUGCUGGAACCAACUUUGCCGCUAAUAAAUUCAAAGUGGAGGCAAUGAUGAUGGGAAUUCAAUGCCAUCAAAUGCUAGUUAAAGCACACUCUAGGAUUAGAAAGGUUAAACAAUAUCACGCACCGCUACGCUAUGCAUUUAACAUUAUUUUAGCAGAGAUAGGAAGCACUGUGAGCAAGGAUGUAGUUCUAUAA